AUAAGUUGAAGAUUGCGGAUCACGCCCUAGCAAAGCUGUUUCUGGUGAUUUGAUUUUCUGAAGAAUUUAUUACAACAAGUACUAGUACUACGAUUGAAUUACAAUUAGCCUGUCGAGAACCACCUUGGCGUCAAAAAAUCGCAGGAAUUUUUUCCUACAAGCUACCUAACUACCUGAAAUAAACUUGCAUAAAGAGUAAGUAACUUCUAACUUUACUUUGAGAAUUAUUACUUUUUUACGUCAAGAAGCCCAACAACUAAAAACAAGAAAAAUGGUGAAGCGUGGUGGAGACGAUAAGAACAGUGUCGUCAAGAUUGACGCACUGGUAUUCUUGCGAAUCGCCAAGCAUGGCAAGCAGAUGUACCCAAACUCAGCUAGUGGAUCUUUGCUCGGCUUGGACGCGGAUGAUGCUUUGCGAGUCACCAACUGCUUCGCAUACAAGAGCAGAGAGGGCGACGUCGUAGGUACCAAGGCCGGCGAGGAAUUCUUGGAAUACCAGUAUGGUAUGCUAAAGGCGAUCGAGGAAGCACGAGGAGAUGCCAAUGCGGUGGGAUGGUAAACAACUGGCUUUUAAGUAUAUUCUGCUGUUCUAUUCGUGGAAGUACAUUUUGUUCUAGUGUGGAUGGUUCUCUUGUUCUAGUGGAAGUGACAGUAAGUACAUUUUGUGUCGAUGUAGUUCUUGUAGUAGAUUUUGAUCAAUAUCGGUUCGUGUUCAUACAGAGACCAGAGGAUUAUAUUCCUUGACUUCUCAUCAUUCUGUCACUUCUCAUCAUUCUUUCAAGUGCAUCUGAUAAUUUGAGUAACUCGCUCUCCACCUGAAGGUACGAGACGACUCACCACGGAAAUUUUUUGUCCGAAGCUUUGAUUGAAUACCAGUACCAAUUCCAGAAGGAAGUCCCGAGUGCAGUUGUUGUAGUCUACGAGCAGUCUAAGCAGAAGCAAGGCAAGUGCGGCUUCGCCGCCUACCGACUCACGGAAAAGGCCAUGAAGCAGCGCUCCAUGACCGGAAGUAACCUCGCAGGUGCGGUUGAGGGAGAAGAGGUAGUGGAUCUAGAUUUUUUAUAUGACGUUGCGUUACGCAUACGCGGGCUUAGUCAUACUAGGUUUUAGAUUUGUUUGUAGAAAAAUCGUUUCUUAAAUUCUGAGGCCUGUGAGAUCGUUUCAAGAAUGCUGUUACUAGAGCUCAUGUUGCUCGACUUGAUGUCAAAGACGAUGCAGAUGAAAAGGCUACCAAGGUGGACUUCUUUUUACAGUACUAAGAUCUUCUCAUCCAAGGACCCCUACCCGUACAUAAAAACAGGAGGACCUCUUCCAAGAUUUUCCAUCUUCGGAAUUGUUAGAGGAAGUUCCGAUUAUGGUGCACUGCAGUCCUCUCGCGGAAACACUGUUGCUCCAGUACACUGGUGUCGCAACCUCUGCUUUUGACUCUGGUUUCUCAGCUGCAUUUGAUACUUCUCUUAAGGCUCCUUCAAGAAAUCCAUCUCGAUCUCAGCUAUAGCAUCAAUCUUGUUCUACUUGGGUCCGUUUUCUAAGGAAGAAAAACAAGAUCUUUCCGUUUUUUCUCAAGGGAAAAGAAACGGGCUUCUUCCCUAAGGAAGGAAUACAACGGGAAACAGCACGAUCCUGAUGCUCUACUUCUACCAGAUGAUGGGUUUCUUCUUCUAGCUCUAAUUCUCAAACGUUUUCGUCCAUGGAACGUAACUUGAGUCUUCUCCUAGAGUCUCUCGAGGAAUUGUCGCUGCAACAGAGGGAAAUGAACCAGUUUGAGAGGAUGACCAGGGUGCAGAAGGAAAAGCAUUUGAAGAAUCAGCAGCAUCGCAUGCCGAAGACAUUGGAUACUUAUGGAUCAUUUUUGCAACUAAUUCUAAUUGUAGUUUUCCUUUAAAUUUUACCUUCGAUACUUAUGGAUUGCAACUAUACCACUGUAAUUAUUUUUGUUUAAAUUUUACCUUCGAUACUUAUGGAUUGCAACUAUAGUACUAUUUUGAGAAGCAAUGAGGAUGAACUACUUGUAAUCAUUCGCUUGCUGAUGUGAUCCAGCUCGUCCUCUACUUCUUGAUUAAAAACUUGAACAUCUUUUUCCAGAGGUAUUCUUCCACAGAGCAAAAUAGAAUUCCAAAGAACAUCCAAAGUUAAUGUAAUACUAGUCGAUCCUGCCUCUUCUAAUCUCCGCUGAACCUGACGCAGCAGAUCCGCACUCACUGUUCUUCCGUCGACACGCAAGCGCAGGAUACCUUUUCCAAGCUGUUUUUGUUGAGCGCGGAUAAGGAGGAGGACACACCGAAUGACUUUGGGCCAGCUUUGAGCGUCCGCAAUGUGAUGGAGAAACUACGAACGGUGAAAAACUGAGAUGUUGGUUCCCUAUAUGUAAUGAAAGGAAGAAAUUUAUGGGGAGAUAGGGGAGCAGAACAGAAUGAGUGAACAAAUAAGCACAACUAGUAAAAACGACCUCGUCUUACCUGCUAGGUUAUUCUAAUAUCAUGCACCCCAUCGAUAUCUUCACAAAUCUAUUUUAGUUAUGGAGUUUCACUAUUAUAUUUAUAUAUUCAAUUUUCGAAGAUUCACUAUUAUAUAUCCAUUGUCUCAUUCGAAGAUUCACAUGUGCUUGUGCAUCCUGAAAUAUUGAAUACUUGCAAGAAAUCCAAAAGCAUCAGCAUGAGCUUCUUCUAUUUCAUAGCAUGGUUACUUCGCCUAGAAGUUGCUUGUUAUAAGUACAAGCUGCAUCAGUUGUCAUGAUCAUGUAUGAACCUGUAGCUUUCACAUCUCUACGGUGGUCGCGAAUGAUCAUACCAGGGGCACACACAUGACACACGUAAAUGCUAGAAGGUGGCACAUACGUGAUUUACCCCAGCAAUAUCGCUCGCAAUCAUAAGAAGAACUUGCUAUUUCUUACACUGACGAAAUUGGCAAGGAAGCAUAGUGCAAAUAUCGGCCUCCUACAAAAUGAUGACAAGCAAAGCGAUACUUGUAAUCGCAACAACAACGCCCGAGAAAAUAGUGCCGCCCGAGUUAAUGCAACUGCAAGAGACUUGCAAGAAGUUCCCCUCAAGAAUUGCAAGAAGAUUCCCUUUGAAAGGAAAAUGGUG